CAUAUAAUCCGCCUUUACAUCUCAUCUCAACUCUACUAGAGUGGGAAAUAUGAGCCAAAAAAAAGUGAUUGACAUCGUAUGUUUGCCGCUUAAUCUUUUCGUGUGAUGUACCGCUAUUUACAUUAUGGCGGAAUUAAAAGAUUUUGGUAGUCUUCAAAAAAUAGGAGAAGGCACAUACGGUGUUGUUUACAAAGCAACAGAUAUAAACUCUAAGAAAGUUGUAGCUCUAAAAAAAAUACGCUUAAAAUCGGAAACCGAAGGUGUCCCCAGUACUGCUCUGCGAGAAAUCAGUUUAUUAAAAGAAUUAGACCAUCCAAAUGUUGUUCGACUCGAAGAUGUUGUUUAUUGCAAUCAAAAACUUUAUUUGGUUUUUGAGUUUUUAGAUUUAGAUCUAAAAAAACUAUUAGAUCAACAGGGUAACGUUGGUUUAUCCUUAGAUGUUGCAAAAAGUUAUUUAUGUCAACUUCUUCAAGGUUUAGCAUAUUGUCAUGCACGGAGAGUUCUUCAUCGCGAUCUCAAACCGCAAAAUUUGUUAGUUGACAAAUGCGGGACGAUAAAACUUGCAGAUUUUGGUUUAGCCAGAGGCUUCACUGUCCCUGUGAAAGCUUACACUCACGAGAUAGUUACCUUAUGGUACAGAGCACCAGAAGUACUGUUGGGUGCCAAACAUUACAGUAUGGGUGUUGACAUAUGGAGCAUUGGCUGCAUAUUUGCUGAAAUGUUGACAAAGCGUCCACUCUUUCCCGGAGACUCUGAAAUAGAUCAAUUGUUUAGAGUUUUUCGAACCUUGGGAACGCCAGACGAAGAUAGUUGGCCAGGUUGCUCUGAAUUACCAGAUUAUAAAACCACAUUCCCACGGUGGGCACCCCAAGAUGUCGGAACAAUUUUACCAAUGCUAAGCCUGGAAGGUCAAGAUCUUCUACUAAAAAUGCUUACUUAUGAACCCGAGAGCAGAUUGCCUGCCAAACGAGCACUUGCACAUCCAUUUUUAAGAAACAUUUUAUCUCAAGUUUAAUUUAUUUUUAUCGAAUGCAAUGAUUUUAACUUAUUAAUGUACAUUUUAACUUCGAAUGUAUUCAGACAAGGCAAUGUAAAGAAAGCCAAUUUUUAUAAUGUGAUAUUCCACAAAUGUAAUGCACUUAUGCGUGAGAUUUUAUAAAAUAUUUAUCUUUGAUAAUUUUAAUAUAAUAUACUCGGCCUUA